UAAGCCGUGAGGGCAAACAUCCUUCCUCCUGCAGCUUCACUUCAUACUUUGUAAUGUCAGUGACGGUAUUUUAUCAGGACCUUUAUUGUGUUUUGGACGUUUAUUCUGUGUGCCACAGUUUGAGAGAAAGUCAUUGGGACAUCGCUGUGACAGUCGUUCAUGGAUCAUCGCGCUCCACUCGGUAGGAUGACAUCCAAUGACGAGUUACACGGAGGAAGACUCGUAUUAUGAUUUUAAUCAUAUUUAAAAAUGGCUGAUAAGUCAGUAGUUGAUGAGCUCUGCACUGCCUCUGCCAUGGGAAACCUACCUGAAGUCUUGUCUUUGCUGGAAAAAGGAGCAGAUGUUAAUGGACUAAAUAAAUUCGGCAGAACUGCACUGCAGGUGGUGAUGUUGGGGAGCACCCCGGUGAUUGAGGUACUUCUCAAAGCGGGAGCGGACCCGGACCGACGCGACCAGGUCUGCGGGCUCACCGUGACUCACGACGCCGCGCGUCAGGGAUUCGUAGAUUCAGUGCGACUGCUGCUGGACUACAGGGCAGAUCCAAACCUCUGCGAUUACAAGAAUAACCUCCCGCUGCACCUGGCCGCCAUGUGGGGCCGUCUGGAGGUGGUCAAGGUGCUGAUCGGACGCACCGCGGACCCCCAAACGCCCAACUGUCAGGGGCGCACCGCCAGGCAACUCGCGGAGGAUGCAGGUCAUGCUGACAUUGUCGGAUACAUCCACGAGUAUUUGAACUCACACUAGAAGAUGAGGAGGAGAAGGAUGAAGAUGAAACCGUCUUAUGCUUAUGCCUUUUUCCAGAUACUUUAACAUUCUAUCCUAUAUUUUCUUAAAAUGUUAUAUUAAUGAAAUGGCUUCAUAAAUCAGCUACACUUAGAAACAGUGUGUGAACUGUUUUUUUUGUUUUAUUUGCAUGCUGUUUGGAGAGAAAAGGGAGACCAAACACAUUUUUAUAAGUGAAAAUAAAUCUUGGUAUACUAAGUUUUUUUUUUAAAGUACAUACUAAUAAGAUUUGAUUUUGAUAACAAUAGAAUUAUUGCUUGUAACCAGUACAGACAAAGCCACAGAAAGUCAACUAGUACAUUUUAGUUUCAUUGCUGCUGUUAUGUUGCAACCUUCAGUCAGUAACAUUCAAAAUGAAUAUUAUAAUGUGCGGACUACAGACAAGGCCUAUGCUGUGCCUAUGCAUUGUUUCCAAAGUGCUAACUGGAAUAUUUAUGUACAAUAAGAGAAAUGACACAAUCACUAACAGAGCUUGACUAGCAAAGCAAUGAAAAUAUCAAAUGAGGUACAAUUGCUGACGCAAUCCAAAACAACUGCACUGUAAGAUUUAUCUCUAUGAAGUGUGUGAUGUUCAGGUUAUGACAGUGUGUCAAAGAAUGUUGCAUUUUAUUGAGAGGUGUCUGUAACAUUUUACUCACCCUUAUAGAAAAAACAUGAGAAAGUUGUAAACACCCCUCUUUCUUUCUUUCUUUCUUUCUUUCUUUCUUUCUUUCUUUCUUAUUCCUGUCUUUCUAAAUAAUGUGACAUAAUAAAUGGCAGCAAUUGAUAUCUCUUUGUGUUUUAUCUCUC